GUCACAUUUAUUAACUUCAUUUGUACAGAGUACAUCACGACAGCGACAACUUAUACCUGCAUCACUUCCGAAUCCAAAAAGAAAUUAGUAGAUUAUCCCGGAAGACGUCAGCAGAAGCACUUGGCAUAGUCUUGCAAGAAUGAUUUUUACAUUUAUUUACAUCGUUACCAUUGGCAGUGUUAUUGCGAAUGAUCCGCCAGCGGACGGUUGGAAACAGAUCACUUUUUCUCCAGUGUGUGUUAAUGCAAGAGAUAAUGGCUAUGGUCGUUUGCAAUACAUCGGCAAAGGUCAACUGGUGGCUGCGUUGAAACUAAAGCAUCAGCGUGGGAAGAUCAGGUGUGCCACAGAUGAAGCUUACAACAGCAACUGGGGCUGUGACAAAGACAACGGAUUCAACAUCAUUGUUACAGACAGAUCUAACCACGUGAUCUAUCCAUUGAAAGAGUUCAUUAAAGAAUCCUCUGGGAUGUGGUAUUAUAUACCACUGGCCGAUGCAGUACACUCGACUGAGAUUGUCUUCACGGAUUUUUCCCACCCGUUUUACUUGAAGCAGGGUGGCGAACUAAGGUUUUGGUACGGGGAAGAUUUGAAAAAGCAUCAUCACACUGACAACCAAGGGCAAGUCUGUUUUGACGUUUUGGCGCUGUACGUCUAAUCUCGUGGAAAAGAACAACCUUCAAGAGAAAUUUCGCGGGCUUAUGAUUCUGGUUGAGGAAGCAUGUUUCAGUAAAUGAUAUUUAAUAAAGAACUUUUUGUAAUUA